UGGGGCGGCGGGGGCGCGGCGCGGCGCGGCGCGGUAGAGCUGAGGCGGCGGCAGGAUUGCGCGGCGGCCCAGACACUCGGCAUGGCUCGCCUGGUGCUCGGUCUGGUGAGCUGUACCUUCUUUCUAACAGCGAAUGGGCUGUAUUCCUCUAGUGAUGAUGUGAUUGAAUUAACCCCAUCAAAUUUCAACCAAGAAGUUAUUCAGAGUAAUAGUUUGUGGCUUGUAGAAUUCUUUGCUCCAUGGUGUGGCCACUGCCAAAGGUUAACACCAGAAUGGAAGAAAGUGGCAACUGCAUUAAAAGGUGUUGUAAAAGUGGGCGCUGUUGACGCAGAUAAACACCAGUCCCUCGGAGGUCAGUAUGGGGUGCAGGGGUUCCCUACCAUCAAGAUUUUUGGAUCCAACAAAAACAGGCCGGAAGAUUAUCAGGGUGGCAGAACGGCCGAGGCCAUCGUGGACGCUGCUCUCAGCGCCGUGCGCCAGCUCGUCAAGGACCGCCUGGCAGGAAGGGGUGGCGGAUACAGUUCUGGAAAACAAGGUAGAAGUGAAGGUUCAAGUAAGAAAGAUGUGAUUGAGCUGACAGACGACAACUUUGAUAAGAAUGUUCUUGAUAGUGACGAUGUUUGGAUGGUUGAAUUUUACGCUCCUUGGUGUGGACACUGCAAAAACCUAGAGCCAGAAUGGGCCGCUGCCGCUACUGAGGUGAAAGAGCAAACGAAAGGAAAAGUGAAACUAGCGGCUGUGGACGCGACUGUCAAUCAGAUGCUGGCCGGCCGCUAUGGGAUCAGGGGAUUUCCUACAAUCAAGAUCUUUCAGAAAGGCGAGUCUCCUGUGGACUAUGACGGCGGGCGGACGAGGUCGGACAUCGUUGCCCGGGCACUCGACCUCUUUUCUGACAACGCCCCUCCUCCGGAGCUGCUGGAGAUCAUCAAUGAGGACGUCGCCAAGAAGACGUGUGAGGAGCAUCAACUCUGCGUCGUGGCUGUCCUGCCCCACAUUCUCGACACGGGAGCCGCCGGCAGAAAUUCUUACUUGGAUGUUCUUCUGAAAUUGGCAGACAAGUACAAAAAGAAAAUGUGGGGGUGGCUGUGGACAGAGGCGGGAGCCCAGACAGAGCUGGAGAGUGCGUUGGGGAUCGGAGGGUUUGGCUACCCUGCCAUGGCAGCCAUUAAUGCGCGCAAGAUGAAAUUCGCUCUUCUGAAAGGGUCUUUCAGUGAGCAAGGCAUUAACGAGUUUCUCAGGGAGCUGUCUUUCGGGCGAGGAUCUACAGCCCCUGUGGGGGGCGGGGCCUUCCCCACCAUCAGCCCCAGAGAGCCCUGGGACGGCCAGGAUGGCGAGCUUCCUGUGGAAGACGAUAUCGACCUCAGCGACGUGGAGCUGGACGACUUGGAGAAGGACGAGCUGUGAGGGGCUCGGCAGAUUCCCGUCUCCUUUUCUUGGGGGCAGAUUUUUCCAGCAGUGAAGGGGCAUCCCUUGCGAUCGGAUGGAUCUCCCAGUGGCCUUUUUAACCAGGAAGUAGCACUUGAUUGGUCAUUUGAAUACACUGCGACUGAACUUUUGCAUCUCAAGAAAACAAUGAAAAAUUCUAUGAAUUGUAGCCAGUGAAUUGGGUGGUAUUCUGUCAAGUAACAUUUUGAAGAAAGCUGAUGGGCGGUUGAAACACUUCUCUCUCCCUCUGACUGCUGCUUGGGUGUUCUUGGAGGCUGUUUCUUAUGUAAGUUUUUUAAUGUGAUUCUUUCAUUUGAAUAUUAAUGGCUUUUUCCAUUAAAGAAUAAAACAAUAUUUUGGACAAUGCCAACAAA